AAGCCCAUUUUACAUUUUCAGAAAAAAACAUUUCUAAAGAUGUCGGAUUAUGAAGAGGAAGCUGCUUACUAUCUACGUUUCAUCUCUAUGUAUAUUGACUUAGGUACCGAGGUCGUACUGAAAGUCUUUGUACAUCAUACUCCUGGGAAGGACGCCGAGUCAUUUUUGUUAUCUGAUCCCGUUAAGAAAAAGUUACUGCAGCUGACAACUAGAAAAAUUCUUAAUGAACAAGAAAGCAAGCUAGUCCUUGAGCAGCCACCAAACCCAAAGAAAUUUGAUGUAUCACUUUUAGUAACACUUUCAAGCAAUUUGUUUUCGGAGCAACAACUCCCAUCACCAAAGAAAGGUUGGAAUUUUCCACCAAUAAAUAGUGAUAAAUUAAUCUCUGCUGAUCUUCUUCGUCUUAGAACGAUCAGAAACCAGGUCAUUGGCCAUAGUGCUAAAGCACAACUUCCUCAGUCGAAAUUUGAAGACGAAUGGGCGAAGGUAGAAGAAAUAUUUCUGAGAAUAUAUAGAAAUAUUGCGCCUGAUGAGGAAUCACAACUGAAACAGACAAUGGAAGAUUAUAGAUUUAGAAAGCUGGAUUCGUCUACUGUAAACAAGUACGAUUCAAAGAUAAAUGAAUGGCACCAGGAAAUUUCGAAAGUUCAACAACAGGUUGAAGAUGCGUUCAAGACUCUUAAAGAUAUUGACAAAUACAUAAAAGACAAAUCGGACAGAUACGAACGUUACAUAAAACUACUUGUCAAAGGUGGAAGAUUUGUGAUUUCGGCAUUCAUUGAAGAUAACAUUAAAACACAUAACAAAACCCUUGAAGAAAUUUUAAAGGAAAAGGAGGAUUAUGUCCGGAAAAGUAUUGGCAAUCAAGAUCAUUUGCAUAUUCUUUAUCCAUCCGAUCAAGGAGAUACUUCGAAACCAAUAGACAUGUCAACAUGGGACAUCACAAUUCUUGCAACAGUUCUCUUACAAGUACUUGACAGUAGUUCGUUAGACGAUAAAGUUAAGAGAGCGAUAAACAUGGUCAAUACUGCACGAAAAAAUUAUGCUGAAGCAGCAGUUGUUUCACUACACAGUGACGAAUUCGCAGAGUACUCCUAUCAUCUAAAAUACAGCAUACAAUUUUUGUCAGGGUAUCUCGACCAACAGAAGCAAAUCAAAUGUGAAGAAAUUCUGUCCGAAUGCCAGCAUAUUUCGAAGAAUGCUGACGAACACCAAACAUACUUUAAUGAGUUGGAAAAUCAAAGUCUGAAGAUCAAAAGUAUUCAGGAAAUAUAUACAGAAACAGUAAAGAAAACAAAAGAUAUCUUACAUGAAAUGAUUACACACGGCAUAAACUUCAAACAUGAGCAUGUGUUAGAAUUAAAGAUGAUUACGCUCGGAAGUGACGAAGAAAAGAAGCAAUUAGGAGAAACAGUUCUGACUGAAAUUUGGCGAGAAGCACUUAAAAGAAGUAACGACAGCACAGACUUUGGUGUUUUAAAUGAAGAAGUAUCAAAUAUAUUAACCGAAAUAAGAAAACAUAAGGAGGUUACAGGUGCCGCUGUAAAGCAAAAAUGCAUCCUCUUGGAGAUAGUAUGCUCUUCACCCCACACUGUGUUGGAUCUUCUGAACUUUUUCGAGAGUGCUGAAUUCAACCAAAGUGCGUGCAUCAUUUCAAAUGAGCUUGGUUAUCUUUGCGACACGAUAUUUACAAUCGAAGCAAAUGUAACUUUAGAGUCAUUGAGAGAAAUCUACGAUGACAGAGAAAACAACGAAAUAGAACAUGGUAUAAGCAUACCAAUCACAGUAACAUCACCUGCAGCCGUCGUGCAAUUAAGGUCGUUUUUCAAGAGUGAGGCAAUGAUGAAUAGCACAAACGCAAUUGCUGACAAACUGUCGAGCGAUCUGGAUGAGAGAUUAACAUUGAAAGUUACACACGACAUGGAGUCUCUUAACUGUCUGUUUGAUGAAUUAGAACCACUUUACGAUAGACUUUAUGGAAAAGUUGAUUUAGAAACACUUAAGUCUGGACCCCAACCAUUAUUUAACCAGAACCAGGAGGCACUUCUAGCUGGCCAUUUAAGGACUAUGGAUGAUGUAGGUUAUGGAUAUAGCCGCCAAGAAACCAUAAAUUUAGCAUCUGACUAUGCAGUAGAAUUAGGGUUAAGGGACAAAAACCAUCCACUCACAGACAGAUGGUUGUACAAGUUUUUGAGUAGGUGGCCUGACAUUGGUGUGAAGAAACCUCGUAGCUUAGAGAUUGCAAGGGCAAAGUCAGCAACUAGGGGAGCAGUUGACAAUUAUUUUCAAGAGCUUGUCCAUAGUCUAACCAAGUAUACCCUACAUGAUAAGCCAUACAGGAUCUUUAAUAUUGAUGAGAAAGGUUUGAACACUGAGCAUAAGCCUCCAAAAGUUAUAGGUGGAAAAUUUUCAAAAUCUCAAGCUGUGAUAUCUGGUAAAGAUGUUAGCUGCUUUGGUCCGUUUGAGGUUGCUUGGAACUCUGCUUGUCACAAUUUCAUCCGUGAAUCUGGUGGUAGUGUAAUUACACGCUAUGAAGUUUGCAGAUUGGCUUGUAAAGUAUAUUCCAGCACCUUGACUCCUGGUAAUAUUCAGUCUGCCUUUAGAAAAAGUGGAGUCUACCCCUUUGACCAGAGUGUGAUCAAUGAUUGUCAAGUUGCACAAUCAACAUCUUUUGAAAGAGACCCUGCAAACUCAGAUGAAACGCCUGAUCCUGUAUCUGAUCCACCAGCUCCAGUACAGUCAAAUGCAGCUGAAUCUUUUCUACUGCAUAGAGGUGGGAAAAUAUUGCAGAAUGUGCAGAAGGCCAAAACAAGAAAUACAUUAAGUAAGAUAGUUGGUGGGAAAUGUAUCACAGAAGAUGACAUUCAUGAUAAAAUCAUUGAACAUGACAAAAAGUACAACUCAAAAUGUAAACAACCAAAGAAAUCUGUGAAACAAGACAGAAGUAAAAGUAAAAGAACCAUGAAUGUAGAACCUUCAACAUCAGAGACAGGAGUCUCGAGUUCAGACAGCUUGAUUGACGACACAGAACCUGUGAGAGUACCUGAGUAUGGCAGUGGUCGUAUGACUGAUGACAACAUCAGAAUCUUCACAGAACAAGUGAUAGCGCCUGAAUGUGACAGUGGUCGUAAGACUGAUGACAACAACAGAAUCUUCACAGAACAAGUGAUAGUACCUGAAUGUGACAGUGGUCGUAAGACUGAUGACAACAACAGAAUCUUCACAGAACAAGUGAUAGUACCUGAGUGUGACAGUGGUCGUAAGACUGAUGACAACAACAGAAUCUUCACAGAACAAGUGAUAGUACCUGAAUGUGACAGUGGUCGUAAGACUGAUGACAACAACAGAAUCUUCACAACUGUAAUAACAGCGUUAGACUCUUCAGAAGAGAUCAAAAAGGUGGAAUUUGGUCGGUAUAUUAAACAGAAAGAAGAGGCCAAAGUUCGAACAAUAUUUGGAGACGCUCAGAUGAACCAUGGAAUCCAACUCCAAGAAAUAUAUCCAUGGAAACGACCAGCACCGGAUGUUGAUCUAUACGAGAGUUACCGAGAUGAUGUUACUACGGCUACUACUACGACUACGACUACUACUACUAUUACUACUACUGCUACGACUACUACUACUACUAAUACUACGCUACUGAUCUCACUGCUGCUGCUACUACUACUAGUGAUACCACUGCUGCUGCUAUUACUACUGAUCCCAAUGCUGCUGCUUCUACUACUACUGAUCCCACUGCUUCUGUCUACUGCAAAUGAUGCUUCUAGUAUUUCUACUAUUACUUCUGUUGCUGAACCUACUACUGCUACUGUUGCCAUUGCUGUUACUGUUACUGCAACUACUGCUGCUGCUACUGUUUCUGCUACUACUUGGAUGGGUAACAAAUUUAAACCAAACUGCUAA